UGGGUGGCGUUCAGCGGCCUCGGGGCGCUGCCCGCCGCGCUCCGCCCGCUGCUGUCCUGCCUGGCCGGGGGCGCCGGCGGCCUCCUGGCCCUGGGGUUGGAUCACUUCUUCUACAUCAGGGAAGCGCCUCGUCCUCCUCAGUUGUGCAGCGGCGCGGAAGACAAAGUGCCUGUGAUCAGACCCCGGAGGAGGUCCAGCUGCGUGUCGCUGGGAGAAACCGCAGCCGGUUACUAUGGCAGUGGCAAGAUGUUCCGGAGACCGUCGCUGCCUUGCAUUUCCAGGGAGCAGAUGAUUCUUUGGGAUUGGGACUUAAAGCAGUGGUAUAAGCCUCAUUACCAGAGUUCUGGAGGUGGAAAUGGAGUUGAUCUUUCAGUGCUAAAUGAAGCUCGCAAUAUGGUGUCAGAUCUUCUGGUGGACCCAAGCCUUCCCCCACAAGUCAUUUCUUCCCUACAGAGUAUCAGCAGCUUGAUGGGUGCUUUCUCUGGGUCCUGUAGACCAAAGAUUAAUCCUCUCACCCCAUUUCCUGGAUUUUAUCCCUGCUCUGAAAUAGAAGAUCCAGCUGAGAGAGCAGAUCGAAAACUCCACAAGGGACUAAGUAGUAUGAAUAGUUUACCAACUGCACAGUUAAGAAGGAGCUCAGGUACUUCAGGACUGUCACCUACUGAACAGUCUUCAAGAUGGGAACGCAGUAGUAGCAGAAGGCCUCAUCAAGAAUUCAGCACUUCAAGUCAAGGAUGCUAUCUAAAUGGGCCUUAUAGUUCAAUUCUACAGACAGUCCCAAAGCAAAGGUCAUCUUCUAUGUCACUGACUCACCAUGUAGGUCUGAGGAGAGCUGGUGCUUUACCCAGUCCGAGUCUUGUGAGUUCUCCCAGCCAUGGAUCGGUGUCUGCUGGUUCUCUAACUAAUCGGUCACCCAUUGAAUUCCCUGACACUGCUGAUUUUCUUACUAAGCCAAGUGUUAUUUUACACAGAUCUCUGAGCAAUGUAUCUAGUACACCAGAUUUUUAUCAGCACCUUAGAAAUUCUGAUAGCAAUCUGUGUAACAGCUGUGGAAAUCAAAUACUAAAAUAUAUUUCAACACAUGAAGACCUCCACAGUGGAAAAUCAGUUGAAGGAGAAAACACCAGUUUUGCAGAAGAAUCAUUUAACAUUCUGGAAAUUCAACAUGAGGAAACAGAGAAGGGAGCUUGCAGAAAUAAUUCUACAGAAAUAUUGGAAGAUGAUAAUCACCUAUCCGAAGAGGCACAGCAACCAAAUGUUAAACAAGAAGUAUCACUGGACAUGACUGUAGUCGAAGAUUAUGACUCAUUGAUAGAAAAGAUGAGCAACUGGAAUUUUCAAAUUUUUGAGCUUGUCGAAAACAUGGGAGAGAAAUCAGGAAGGAUUCUUAGUCAGGUUAUGUAUACCUUAUUUCAAGACACUGGUUUAUUGGAAAUAUUUAAAAUUCCCACUCAACAGUUCAUGAACUAUUUUCGUGCACUAGAAAAUGGCUAUCGAGAUAUUCCUUAUCACAAUCGUAUACAUGCCACAGAUGUUCUACACGCAGUUUGGUAUCUGACAACAAGGCCUAUUCCUGGCUUACAGCAGAUCCACAGUGAUCAUGAAAUAGGAAAUGAAACAGAAUCCGAUGGUAGAAUUAAUCCUGGACGAAUUGCUUAUAUUUCCUCAAAGAGCUGCUCCAUUCCAGAUGAGAGCUAUGGCUGCCUGUCUUCAAACAUUCCUGCAUUAGAAUUGAUGGCUUUGUAUGUGGCAGCUGCCAUGCAUGAUUAUGAUCACCCAGGGAGGACAAAUGCAUUUCUAGUGGCCACAAAUGCACCUCAGGCAGUUCUGUACAACGACAGAUCUGUUCUAGAAAAUCAUCAUGCUGCAUCAGCUUGGAAUCUAUAUCUUUCUCGGCCAGAAUACAACUUCCUUCUUAAUCUUGACCAUGUGGAGUUCAAGCACUUUCGUUUUUUAGUCAUCGAAGCAAUCCUUGCCACAGAUCUUAAAAAGCAUUUUGAUUUCCUUGCUGAAUUCAAUGCCAAGGCCAAUGAUGUAAAUAGUAAUGGUAUAGAAUGGAGUAGUGAAAAUGAUCGCCUCUUAGUCUGCCAGGUGUGCAUCAAACUAGCAGAUAUAAAUGGCCCAGCAAAAGUUCGAGACUUGCAUUUGAAAUGGACAGAAGGCAUUGUCAAUGAAUUUUAUGAGCAGGGAGAUGAAGAAGCAAAUCUUGGUCUACCCAUCAGUCCCUUCAUGGAUCGUUCAUCUCCUCAACUAGCAAAACUCCAAGAGUCUUUCAUCACUCACAUAGUGGGUCCCCUGUGUAACUCCUACGAUGCUGCUGGUUUGCUGCCGGGCCAGUGGGUAGAAGCAGAAGAGGACGAUGACAGUGCAAGUGGUGAUGAUGAGGAAGGUGAAGAAUUAGAUACAGAUGAAGAAAUGGAAGACAAUCUAAAUUCUAAACCACAAAGAAGGAAAGGCAGACGACGAAUAUUUUGUCAGCUAAUGCACCACCUCACUGAAAACCACAAGGUAUGGAAGGAAAUUAUAGAGGAAGAAGAAAAAUGUAAAGCUGAGGGGAAUAAGCUACAAGUAGAGAAUGCCUCCUUACCUCAAGCAGAUGAGAUUCAGGUCAUCGAAGAAGCAGAUGAAGAGGAAGAGCGACAGUUGGAGUAAAAGAGAAGUCAUACUGAAGAAGCCUGGAGAGCUGUCCCCAGGAUCAGAAAUCAUUACCUGGUAUUCACUGUGCUGAUGUUCAGUUGACCAUUCCCACAUAGACAGGCCUUAAUACUGUGAGAGGAUCCUUGCUAUGCUGGCAGUUUCCCACUCCUAAGCACUUUCAUCACGUGGACUAGAAAAUUAUACUUAGAGCUGGGCUUCAGUUGACUUGUGUUGCAAAGCCAUUACUCAAAGCCUUCACUGGUGUAUAAAUACUUUGUCAUAAUGCUGCUUUGCUGCGUAGUGAGCUCUUAUUUUUCAUGGGGCAGGGGGCUAUAACUAAAAAAAAAAUCAAGUGACCUGACUUCAGUUUCCAAAGUGGUCAGAACUUUCUGCCUUCAUGAAAACAGGAUUUGUAUUGUAUUUCCAAAUGUAUCUUUUAUGUUUUUCAGUGUUUUGAAAAAAGUCUGUGCCUAUAUAAAAAGGAAUCCACUGUGGCCUUUCUGAGGAAUUUCUGCUCAAUGCAAUACACUGUUUAGUGCUUUUCUCCCAGCUAGGUUUGUCCAUGAAGGACUGAUGGACCUUUGUUAUAUUUAACAAAAUCCAGGUGCAUCGAUUUCUGAUGCUUUUUACUGUUAUGUAUUAUCAGCUGUGUGUUUUAUGUCUGCUCAGAGUAUUCAGGUUGCCAUGGGCAUCAGACAUCUGAAUUCUAGUCUUAUGGACUAUGUUCCAUGGUUGAACUUUAAAGCUGUUUGAAGGAAUUUUAUUCUUUAGUCAAAACUGUUCUUUUACUCUUGCUCAGGAUUUGUAUUUUUAAACAUUUACUUAAUAUAAACAGAUUUGUCAGAAGAAAAAAGUUGUCUUAAUAUUGAUGUUAACCUUUUAUUAAAUGAACAUUGUUUUUUCUGUUCUUAGAUGAAUUUGAGACUAAUUAAAUCUAAGAAAAAGGAGUUAAUCUGUCUUUUGCCUUAAUGCAAAAUCAAAUGAAACUAAUCCCUUCAAAGAUAAAGAACAAAAGAAAUAUCGUGAGCUCUAAAGGACACAUACAUUGAAUAAGUAAUCAGAAUAUAUGGUUAUCUUAGAUAAAACCAACAUUCACUUUUUUGCUAAUUAUUUUCUGCCUGAAGACUACAUGACAAAAGUGACUUGUUAUUACUCAGUAAUUCUAGAUUCUAACUACAAGAUUCAUUUCUGAGAUAAAGUAAAUGAUGAGAAUACUUCAGUUCAUAUAAAAAAAUCUAAAUAUUUUAGUAAAUCAUUUUGCAGAAAAGCAUAUAAACAAAUAACCACAUUAUAAGGAGAAUUAUAAAGAAAAUAAACCAUAUUUGCAAUGUUUAUAAACUUGCUAUGGUGCAGAUAUAUAUCCUCACUGUGAAAAAUAUCUGAGGUUAUAAAGUGCAGCCAAAUUGAUACAGAGAGGGUAAGCUAGUGUUUUUCAUUAUUUCUCAAGACUAUAUCAUAUGUUGUUGAUGUGCAACUUUGUAGACAAUAAACCAUUAAUUUAUAAGGUAAUUCCUUUAAAGUAUGAUAUUAACAGAAAGUUUUUUAUCUACCUAGAAUAUUUGGGUUACCUGAAAGAUGUUAAAGAUCCAUUAAGUGUUGGGAUCUUGAUCCUGCACAAUAACAUAAUAUUUAAUAAAUUACUAAGCUUUAUUUAUUAAA